AUGUCUGCCACUGCAACAACUACGCAGUCACUAUCCAUCCUCGCUGACUACGAGGUCCAUCACAGCAGUGUCGAACAACAUCAUGCCACCGUGAAUCUCGCGCCUUCUUCAACCCAGCCGGCCGACUGGCCCUCGCAUCACCGUCGCAUGCCAGCUUAUCGUCCAGCCAACCGCAAUUUGGAUCUUAUUGAGCGUCCCGCUGGAUCGAAUGGAGCCGAGUAUGUGUUCAUUCAGGUGAUGCUGCAUGGAGUAUGGCUCAAUGCGUCGGCGGCACGGUUUUGGCGAUUUACCGGCGGGAGGAUCAGUGAUAAACUAUUUCACUAUGAAGUAGGCGGGGAGUGGUAG